UCCAAACGGUUUUCCUUCAGGAUUCAGGACGUGAACAAGUUUGGUGUCGAGCGAGUUGGCAUGACUGUAUUAAAAGCCACGUUUUGUCGCGUCUGUCCGUCCUCGGCAAUGUUUAUUAGAGUUACUUGGUUCGUUUGGACGCUGUUGUCCUUUCUGAACACUGGGGCGGUUCUGGGCUACUUUCACGAAGAGCGCUGGAGUCCAGAGUCUCCUCUCUUAGCUCCGAGGGUCGUUAUAGCCUUAAUCUGCCGAAACUCGCAGCAUUCCCUGCCCUAUUUCCUCGGAACCAUAGAGCGUUUGAAUUAUCCAAAGGACAGGAUUGCUCUUUGGGUUGCAACAGAUCAUAAUGCUGACAACACGACGUACCUGCUCCGCGACUGGCUUAUCAACGUGCAGAAAAUGUAUCACUAUGUGGAGUGGAGGCCACUAGAGAAGCCUAGAGCAUAUCCAGAUGACGGUGGACCCAAAAAUUGGCCGAAUGUCCGAUACGCUCAUGUGAUGAAACUACGCCAAGCUGCCCUGGAUUCAGCUCGAGAGAUGUGGGCCGACUACUUAAUGGUAGCAGACUGUGACAACCUUCUGACCAAUAGGGACGUGUUGUGGAAGAUGAUAAAAGAGAAUAAAACUAUCAUUGCUCCGAUGCUGGAAUCUCGUGCUGCCUAUUCCAACUUCUGGUGUGGAAUGACCUCCCAGGGCUACUACAAGCGGACUCCUGCCUACAUACCCAUGCGGAAGCAGGUGCGGAAGGGCUGCUUUGCUGUUCCCAUGGUUCACUCCACCUUCCUGAUAGAUCUGCGCAAAGAAGCCUCCAGACUCCUCGCCUUCCACCCACCACAUCCGGACUACAGCUGGGCCUUCGAUGACAUCAUAGUUUUCGCCUUCUCAGCCCGAAUGGCAGAUGUGCAGAUGUUUGUUUGUAACAAGGAACCUUAUGGGUAUUUCCCCGUUCCUUUGCGCUCCCACAACACUCUUCAGGACGAGGCAGACAGCUUCAUUCACUCUGUGCUUGAGGUCAAUGUGCGAAAUCCACCAGUGGAGCCUUCCAGAUACCUUCCUGCCCCUAUAAAAAAACCUGACAAGAUGGGCUUUGAUGAGGUGUUCAUGAUAAAUCUGCAGCGCCGAACUGAUCGGAGAGAGCGUAUGCUCCGCGCACUCUAUGAGCAAGAAAUCGACUGCAAGGUUGUGGCUGCUGUUGACGGCAAAGCCAUGAAUGUGAGUGAGAUCCAUGAUUUGGGGAUCCACAUGCUGCCAGGCUACAGUGACCCUUACCAUGGCAGGCCUCUUACGAAAGGGGAACUUGGCUGCUUCCUCUCCCACUACAACAUCUGGAAAGAGAUUGUGGAAAGAGGGCUGAAGUCUUCACUGGUGAUAGAAGACGACUUGCGGUUUGAGGUUUUCUUCAAGCGUCGCCUGAAGAAUCUGUUGAGUGAGGUGCAGAGCGAAGAUCUGGACUGGGAUCUUAUCUACAUAGGCAGAAAGAGGAUGCAGGUGGACCGACCAGAGAAGGCGGUGCCCAACAUACACAACCUAGUGGAGGCGGACUAUUCCUACUGGACACUGGGUUACAUGAUGUCGUUACAGGGUGCCAAAAAGCUCCUGAAGGCAGAACCACUCAGCAAGAUGCUGCCUGUGGACGAGUUUCUUCCUAUUAUGUUCAACAAACAUCCUGUCUCAGACUACAUGGAGCAGUUUGAGAACAGAGACUUGAAAGCCUUCUCAGCUGAGCCCCUGCUGGUCUACCCCACCCACUACACAGGUGAGCCAGGCUACGUCAGUGAUACAGAGACGUCCACUGUGUGGGACAACGAGACCGUGCGCACAGACUGGGACAGGAAACGCUCACGCAAAACUCACGAACAGGCCGAGAUCAGCACAGAGGCGCAGAACUCAGACGUGCUGCAGUCUCCUCUGGACAGCACAGCUCGGGAUGAGCUAUGACCUGCACUGUUUGGACCCUUUUGGGAUGGAGCAAUCACUCCUAUUUUUUUAAAAAGGUCUUGGGACAUGCCACACUAUUUUUGCCUUUUGACUGACCAAAGAAUGAUUUUAACAUGUUUUCUUUAUUUUCUUCAGAAUUUUUUGUUUUCUUUUUCGAGUCUCUGUAUAGGGGUGUAAAAUUCUUCACAGUAAACGGAUUUGAUUCAUUUUGAUUAUGAUUCACAAUUAGUGUAUUUUGAAAGCUCAAAUUUCACUAUGAUUAAAUUUUAUUAUUUUGGUGCAAUUCAGAUUUAUUUUCUAAAAAUACAUUGAAUCCACAACAUUUCGGCCAAAAAUAAGCGCAUACAGUACUGAGACCAUUAUUUAAUUUCCAGGCAACACUGUCAUUAAUUUAAUUCAUUGAUUUAAUUCAAAGUUAUUCAUUGUUUCAGCCUCAAGAAAAAAGCAGACAACAUGUAUUUCACAGAUAAAUCAGCAAUAUAUUACAAAUAUAUCAGACAAAUAUAAGAUUAUAUAUAUUUCCCCACCUCCAAUGUUCAGUCUUAAAAGUUGGUUUCCCAGUCCAAGUUAUCUGAAAUAUAUUCAGUAAUGUUGAGGUCUGGACAAUUUGUCCUUAUUUUUGUCUUUUUUCUUUCUUGGUAAGAGCUUCUUGACAGCUACACACCCUUUCAUGCUCAUAGGGCUGAGUUGUCUUCUCACAGUGGAAGGAUGGACAGAAACACCUAUGGAUUUUUUUUAGAUCUGAAGCAAGAGUAGAGACUGAUUCUCUCCUCUCUCUCAAAGAAUGAAACCUUUAAAAGCUUUUCUUCUGAUGGGAACGGUUUUGGUGGCCUACCAAGUCUGGUACGGUUAUUAGGAGUCACAUUUACUUUGUCUUUCAAUUGUUCUUUAGCCUCUAGUUUUGGAAACUCUUGGUUAUUUUCCCCCACUUAUUAAAAGGUUCUUUACAUGUGCUGUAGAUGGUUCUGUGAAGAACUCUUUUGAAAAGGGUUCUAGCUCUUUCAGCUCAAGAC